CACUCUGCAAGGAGUCUUAGAAACUGAAGCUGUAAUCAUGGCUCUACUCUCGAGCAAUGCAGAGAGGACUAACAGGAGUCGGGAAGCUGAAGUUUCUCCAGGUCUUGGAGUUCGCAGCCGAGAGUACGAGGACAGCAAUGUUUGGGAGCAGGCCUCGAAAAGUUUCAGUAAAAUCAUUACAUUCUUGUUCUUGUAGAAGGCUUUGGCCAAGGUAUGCGACCAAUUUGGUCGAAGCAACAUACAAUGCAACUUAGCGCACUACUGGAUAUGAUUCCGAAGCAUUGGUAUUUUCUUAAUACUUGAUGUGAGCUGCAGGUGGAGGUGGAGGUCGAAGUCCACGCUGUAAGCUUCGUCCUUUUAUGGAGUUGUCUGUUAAGCGGAACGUCGAGCAAGUGAGGUUGAGGAUUUCUGUCCAACCAUUCUGAACGUGAAGCUCAAGAUGACGGGGCUAAAUGUUGGAGGAGACAUUUUUUUAUAUCGGAUUGUCAAAAUGCACGAUUACUACCGUCUGCCAGAUAACCUGUAUCUGCACCGGGAUUACUUAUUGCCUGAUCUCGAUUUCUCAAGCUCGUAAUCUAGCUCGAAUAUUUCGGGGUCCAGCAGUAGCUUCCAACUGCGCUUGUCAUGAGAAUCAUGUUCCUGGUUUCUCCUUAGAACUAAUGAAUUCCUCCGGAGAUAAGCAACACGUUGCCGCAAGGCGGAACAGAGUGUUGUCUAUCCUUCCGAUUUCAGUAGCUCACAACUAUGUCAGCUCAUGUUUGAGGCUGGCUAGCUCCAGAGCUCAGCCGCCUGAGCUUCAAUUUGGUUGGUACCUGGUGACGUGAAUGUUCAGUAGACUUUGUGCGUUGGUUGAUAUGUCGUUGCAAUCAUUUACAGCCUGCUCAGACUUUUGUGUACAGGCUACAAGCACCGGAGGAAUCGAGAUAAUUGUGAUGUCGGACACGUAGGUCGGGCAAAUCUGCAACUGGAGAAGAAAUCCAAGGGGUUGAGAAAUUGGGCCAUGUGAUCAUAAAAAAUGGAAAACGGAUGAUUGUGGUUACGAUGUACGAGAUCCAAGGCCGAGAGAAUAUGAGAUGUGAUCAACUGGACUCAUCGAAUGAUCUCACACUGACCAUCUGAUUCACGUUUGUGCCGGCUCAGAAUGCUCAGGAGAAUGCGACCUGAAACGUCAGCCAGGAGAAUGAUUAUACAUCCCAUCUUAGCAUCUUCUGUUACGUGAAUUUUGUUUCAGUUCUCUUUCUGCCAAUUGUCCCAUGACUUCCGGGACCAUUGCUUGAUGAACUAGCACUGAAUUCAGUUGAGAAUGUAUCGUUCUACGUGUGCUUUUGCACACUUCUGAAGUUUGUCGUUUGUCAUUUGUAUUUUGAUACUCGUUUGACAGUCCGAGUUGCUGUCAUGGUGGACAUUCAGUGGAGGUUCAUAUUCUGCCCAUGCCGGCAUACUCAAUUGGCGCCAGAUUUUUCAGGAGUAAAGAAAAAGGUAUUUUAAUUUGGCAAGGGAGUUGAAUUCCCCCACUGACAAUCGCUACGACUUUGAAUCAAAGUUAGCGUAAAUGCUUUCAUCGAGGGGCCGAGCACACUAUCCCCAUUCCAGCCACAUCGAACAUAUUCCCGGAUGGUACGAUUUUUCAUCGAUGGUAUCGUCGAUCAUCCCAACCGAUCGAGGUCGUAGCGGUUGAAAUGAAUAUCAUCGUUCGGAGGAUCCGAACGACAGAUAUUUUGCUUUGAAGGCCGGCAGCCGACGAGUCUCCGACCCUUGCAGCUCAUGUCUGCUUCACGUCGGAGAAGAUACGAUUUCUUCCAUUGUGACCAGAGCCUCUGGAGCUCGACCACUGACGUCACCCGUGACGCCAUGAAUCGCCGUGAGGUACAUGCGGCAGCAGCAAUGGAAGUGCUCGGGCAGGGGCAGGGGCAGGGGCAGGGCCCAAACGCUCAGUUGAAGUCAAUGGAGUCCGAUACUCAAGAGUGCGCAAUCCGAGCUCCAAUUGUUAAUUGGAUUCCCAAACGACAGCGUCAACUGAAACACUGGAUCAGAUUGAUGGGCUCGGAGUUCAGGAGACGGGAGGACGGAAAGACGACCCGGUCCAAAUGCUGGCGAUGGGGCCCGAAGGCAGCAGAAUUCGAGACGUAGCCUGCAAGUCAUGACUGGCUCGAGCAGCAGCACUGAAAGUCUGGCCCCGGUGGGCGGCGGCUUGAUGUCUGGAGACGCAGAAUUGGAAGAUGGCCGAGCGAGAUUACGGCGGUGGAAUUCCAGCGAGGCUUGGCUGUCGGAGGGUGGGCGAGUGCGAAGCGCCAUGGAGCCAUGGAGCCAAGAGACCAAGGCUGAGGCAGGUAGUGGUGCAUUUUGUGGGCCAGGGACGGAGGCAGCGGAGCUGCGGAGAGGCAGAGAGGAGCGCGGCGGUAAUUUCUGCGCCGAGAGAAUUAGAGAGAUGGAUCGAGGCCACCAUGUCAUGCCAACAGUGCAGCAGCCGGGCAUGAACCUUCAUUCCGGCCCAAAUUCGGACUGGCCAUGAGCAAUCUCCGGGCCCGGGCACGACACAUCGAUAGUGACAGGAGCCGAGGGAAUGAAGUCCAGGGGUUUAUGAUCGGACGAAUUUUCUGCUGAGGCUACUCGAGCGCGAGCAAAGAUGCCCGCCCCGCCCCAUCCUCUUCAGACACGACGAUGAUGCUGCCGGUGCCUCGGGGGUGGGUGCGAUGCCAUCUUUAGAAUCUGUGGCUCCUGCAAUUUAAGCAGCUUCCUCUGCACUGCAGCCAUUCAUCCUCCCUCACUGCUCUCUUGCGCAGGCUGGGAAGCUGGCCAGGAAGGGAAGCUGCAAGCGGCCGGGCAACGCAACGCUUCCCUUUCUGCUAGGGUCUCAUGCCCCAUAUGCCCGAGCUCGAGGGUUUCCUAGAAAAGGCCCAUGCGUGCCUCGAGUCUCGAAUCGAAUCCCCAGUGAUCGAACCACUUGAGAGAUACAGGACCUCAUCCAUUCUCUCCGGUCCAGAGGUGGGUGCUCGUCUUGUAUGCGUCAAGCAUAAAUCCAAAUCCCCAGGUGUCUUCGAAGCCGAUCGAGCAAUCAGCUAUUGCGCCCUUGCCGUGCUUGCGAUUGGCGUCGGAGACGAGGAGGAGACACAGCAGUGACUGCUGAAGAAAGUGAGACAGCGUCACUGAUUCUUCAUGGAUAUUUUGCCCGACAGGGUUUAGAACAAAAUUCAUCGACAAGACGAGGUUUAAGAAGUUGGCGGUGGAACUUCAGUGGGGUGGGUCUGACAGUAGUGACAAUUGAGCUCGUCUGAUUCUGGUCCGCUCGAUCAGAAGAAGAAGGGAGGGUGUGGCACAUUCGGGGAAACGAGGAAGAGCGAGCUGAUAGAAUAGAACACAAUUAUUCGAUAAAGCUGUCGAGGGCGAAUUGAAGGGUAAACAAAUGGCUUGGAAUGCAUAUUACCUCGAUCUGACACUUUCGCCCAUCGCGUUUCUCAUGAUGGUCGCCUACAAUGUCCAUCUGUACAUUCGCAUUACGCGCAGCCCGAUGACCACCGUCAUGGGAGUGAACAACCGAGCCAGACGAGCGUGGGUCCGCUCUAUCAUACAAGACAAUGAGAAGAGGAAUAUUCUGGCAGUGCAGACGCUGCGAAACAGUAUCAUGGGCUCGACGCUGCUGGCGACGACGGCCAUCCUGUUGAGCUCGGCAGUGGCAGCGUUUCUGGCCAGCUCGUAUGAUGUGAAGCAGCGAAUCGGCUCGUCGGUGCUGGGGUCGCAGUCGGCGGUGUCGUUGGGGGUCAAGUACAUGGCGCUGCUGUCGGGAUUUCUCAGCGCAUUCCUGUGCUACGUGCAGUCUGUCCGAUACACGAAUCACGUCAAUUUCAACAUCAACCUUCCGGACAAGUCCGUGACGCCUGAGUAUGUGGCCGACGUUCUGGAGAGAGCAGCGAAUUUCCACACCAUCGGCACGAGGGCCUUCUACAUGACCGUCCCUCUGCUUCUGUGGCUCUUCGGGCCGAUUCCUUUUUUCGCCUCCACCAUCGUGCUCAUCCCCACGUGGUACCACCUGGACUCUGCCAUCGAGCCCGACAGCAAGACGGCAGGUUCUGGAGCAGAGCAGGGCAGAGGGGAAUCCUUGAAGAAGACGAACGAUGUUGUUUCUGCUGUCGUUUCCAGCGAGAAGGAUCGUCGUCCUGUUGCCAGGCCCGCCCCCUUCACUCCGCAUGUCCAUGACGAGGAUGUGUGUCCCGUUUGCCACGCGUGUAGGAAAAUCUAAGCACCAGGUUCUGGCUGUCGAAAGCAUUCUCGUCUCCACUGCAUGCACUCUGGGGAGGAAGUUCAGAUUUGAGAUCAUAUAUGUACAUAACGAGAACACGUAGGUUCGAAGAGUGCACUAUCGAAAGAUAGAUAUACGCAUGUAUUAUAUAGCAUAGCAUAGCGAAACUCGAAGAAAGCCUGGAUCGAUUAGAUCCUGCGAUACAUGGACGAGGCCAUAUGACACUACGACUGCUCAUGGCUUCAAAUUCUUGGUGCGCAACGACCUCGUGUAUCAUGGAGGCCAUUACAGCGGGCGAGCACACACACACAAUUCACAAUCAGGGACUGCAAGUUUAGGAACGCAAAUACUUGGAUGAUGAUAGGUCCAUACUUUCUGUCCUGUGUAUUCAUCUGAUAAUAAUUUGUGAAAAGAGUCUAAGUGAAGUCUUUUCAUUUCAUG